AGCGCCAGUCCCUGGUGCUUUUCUGGUAAUUUCCAGAACAUUUCCCCUCCCCCUUCAAUCUGGUAGUGGUGUAGGGGGAAGUGACGUCUUAAACCUUCAGAAACGAAGCCAGCUGGAGUUUCCGGAGCUUCAGAGGAGAAACGUUAUUACCAGUGCCGAAGAAAAGAGAGCAGGCAUCGGAACCGGAGGAGAACGACACCAGAACCGCACUCCACGGUGUUUCGUUUGUCAGGAGAUUCUUUGGCACUGAGGUAGACAGCAGAAGAUGAUGGACUACUACCAAACUCUUGGAGUACAAAGAAAUGCAACACAAGAAGACAUUAAAAAAUCAUACAGAAAGUUGGCACUGAAAUGGCACCCUGAUAAGAACCCGGACAACAAGGACGAUGCAGAGAGGAAAUUUAAAGAACUGUCGGAGGCAUAUGAAGUUCUAUCGGAUGCCAAUAAACGUGAUGUUUACGACAGGUAUGGUAAAGAAGGCUUGAUUGGAGGAGGCGGCGGAGGUGGAGGACACUAUAACAACGGCGGCUUCGGGUAUGGAUUUUCAUUCCGCAACCCAGAAGAUGUGUUCAGGGAAUUCUUUGGAGGAGGAGAUCCUUUUGCAGAUUUCUUUGAUGAUCCUUUUGAUGACUUCUUUGGAAACCGAAGAGGCAGUCGUGGUGUGAGCAGGAGCCGUGCAGGGGGCCCAUUCUUCCAUGGAUUCGGUGGCUUCCCUCCCUUCGGUGCAGGGUUUUCUGGGUUCGAUCCAGGCUUUACUUCAUUCGGGCAAAUGGGCGGCGGUGGAUUUGCGUCGUUUUCUUCCACUUCAUUUGGAGGAGGAGGAGGAGGUGUAGGCGGCAUGGGUAACUUCCGAUCUGUUUCGUCAUCCACCAAAAUAAUUAACGGCAGAAAAAUUACCACAAAAAGAAUCCUAGAGAAUGGCCAGGAGCGAGUCGAGGUUGAGGAAGAUGGGCAGUUAAGAUCUCUCACUAUAAAUGGUGUGACGGAUGAGGAUGCUUUGGCUGAUGAGCGCAGGCGUCGAGGACAGUAUUCCUUGCCAGCCCAGUCACCUCACACCCGGUACCUGAGAAAUGGCAAUCACAAUGACGAGGAAGAGGAGCGUGGCAUGCAGGCUGGCAGCCCCGGCUUAGCCAGAGGUGUGAGCCCUGACAUUGCUUUUACACCCGCAGAGGAAAGGCCCGCGGGCAGGAGCCUACACAGACACAUUGAUGGCAAGAGAAAGAAACUGAGGCAAAAGGAAGAGGCGAAGAAGAAAAAGACGUCGAGACUGACUCACCGGGCAGGAACUUCUUUUUAAAAAUGUAUAACUUUAGCAGCAGCACCCGUGUGAGUCUUUUAAAUAGAGAUUAAAGUUACUGCAUCUUCAUACAAGCCAUUGCUGGCCAGCUUUUUGCCUCUUUAAUGUCAUAACAUUAUUUAUGAAGUCACAACAUACUAUAUGUGUAAUCUCAUUAACUAUACAGUCUUACACAUUUUGCCAUUUUGCUGAUUUUUGGAAAUGUACUGAUUAGUCAAGCAAACCACUUAGACACGUGAUCCUAUUAGAGGGUGACUGCAUGUACAAUGUAAGGAUUGAAGACACCACACUGUUUUAGGUCUUGUUUGCCAAGGCUCAUUAGUGUGGGUCUGAAGUGACAGAAACCCCUUUCUGGGCUAAAAAGUAACAUGUGGGGGUUUAGUUUUUCCAUAAAAUGUAAACUUAAUUUAAAGAGUGUUGCAUACACAAGCAGAAUUACAUACAUACAUAAAAAUUGGACAGAAAAUGUGAAACAUAGUCAAACAUGUUUUGAGACUGUUCCUCCUGAAACUGUCAGGGCAGUUCUCUUGCCCACAGCAACAAAGAGAUAUAACUUUAUUAUAUUACAGACUACAUUGCAGGUGGUUCAUUUACAUUACAACAGUCUCAAAACAGUAUUUGCUUACACAUGCAUACAGUACAUAUAUUUAAACAUUCUAAAAACUGGGAAUUAAAAAGGUUGAAGCAGAACUGAAACAAAAUUGACACAACAUUAGUUUAGAGAUGUGCAAUGAAAUCCAACAUUGUUGCCCAAAUCGCUAUAUUAGCAUUACACAUUGUUAAUGACUAAUUCAUUGUGUCAUGCUGUACUGUGUGUAUCACAUGUUUUCUUUUUUAUAAGCGCUGAUAAUAUGAUCUCUUCUGUCUACAUCUACAAUGACUCUAUGUCUGUGCUGUUACGGUUUAUAAUGUCACCAGGACGUCUACAUUGAUUUGAAUACAGAUGGCUGUAUAGUACAUUAUUCUUUGUAUUAUCCCUCACUUGAUGGCUGUAGUGCUUGUGCUACAGAGGUUAUAUUAAAGCAAAGCAGUGGUUGUGGCAGGGAACUCACUUUAACCUGAAUCAAAUCAUAUACACAUCAAGCAUAUUUUAGAAGCUUCCAAUACCACAUCAAAUUGUCAAUCGAAUAGCUAGUAUCUUAUUUGUCCUUCGAUAAACAAUACGUCCAAUGAUCGACAAGGAAGGGAUAUACAUCUUACCUCAUUUCAUUACGUCCAUGCUGUGCCCCAGAGCAGCUAUCCUGCCACCUGCCCAUGGCUUCCCUACAGUCUCUCCACUUAUCUGUGAGCUAAUUUAUGGGCAGAGGUACCUCGAAAGGCGAGGCCAAUGUAGUGUGAAAGCAUACACAAUGUGGUCGUGUUGUCUAGUCGAAGCUUUACUAAAUAAUCUAUCGUAUGAGUUUCCUGACUGAAAUGAAGCAUAUUCCUCCUUCCGUGGACCACCCUUCUUACCUUCUGUUUUGUGUUAUUUUACAUCCCAAAAUAAGGACAUUCUUUACAAAUGUAAUUGUUCACAGGUUUGUGCAUGACCCUUUUCAGUAUCCACUAAGUAACACCUGGACUAAUAUCAUUCUGCCCUGUCAUAAUUAGCACUACUGUACAUUGUGUUACACCAAGUUUGUGAAGUCAGAUACGACAAGGACAAUAUAGAACAGUAUACAGACAGCUCAUACGUCAUGUAUUGUGCUUGACAAGUCCUGCGUGUCAGAUUUUUAAUAGAGGUUAGCCGCUGUGUACAAGUAUUUCACAGGUACGGUGGAGAGUGGCACACAUGUCCUGCUGUCAGUGAUUCCAAAGCUUCUCAAUGUAGACUUGACUGAUUGAAAAAUAAAGUUCAGUAGCACUUUACAUGGUGUCUCUAAUUACUGUGUAUUUACACAGUAGUUACUUAGCAAAUACAUGUGUGCUUACAAAUCAUUACAAUGUUAUUAUGCAUAGUUACAAUGUACUUAAGGUGUAAAUCAUUUUGUACGUUAUAUGUAAGUACACAAUUGUAUCAGAAUCGGGUUAGGUUUACGGUUAGGGUAAGGAUUAGGGAUAGGGGAGGGUUAUAUCGUGCAAAAUAGAUUACACAUUAAGAACAUUGUAACUAUGCAUAAUAACAUUGUACUUAUGUGCAAGUACACAUGUAUUGGAACUACUAUGUCAAUACACAGUAAUUACUGGACUGUGUUGUUUUCACCUGUGUCCAUCACACACCUGUUUCUACUGCCUCCGAUUAAGGAUUAUUACUGAUUCAUCUUCCCUGCCGUUGUGAGCGGCAGCGUGUGCACCAAUCGUGUAAUUGCAUUGGGAAAGGACACUGGCUCUGGGGUGUGUCUUUGUUGUUAUGUGUUGUGUUAUUUUAUUAGUUAGUUAGUUGUGUAUUUUAAAUGUUUAUAAAUCUUCAUUUGCUUUUACAUGUCUGCCGUGUCUUUCCAUCUGCCAUUUCUCUCUCUCCAGAUCCUUAGUUUUCUUUUUUCUUUUUUCUAUUUUAUUUUUCCUUCUUAUACAGUUAUCUGAUGCUCGGAUCAUAUUCCCUUCUGUAUACAGUGCCUAUUGAAAGUCUACACCCCCUUUUCACAUUUUGUUGUGUCAGUGCCUCAGAGUUUCAUGCAUUUAAAUGAGGAUUUUUUCCACUUAUCUACACACCAUACUCCACACAGUUAAGGGGAAAAAAGUUUUUAUUGAAAAAAAAUAUAUAUAUUAAAAAUACAGAUCAUAAUUGGAUAAGUCUUCACCCCCCUGAGUUAAUACUUGGUGGAAGCACCUUUGGCAGAAGUUACAGCUGUGUCUGUUGGGAUAGGUCUCUACCAACUUUUCACAGCUAGAUUUGGCAAUAUUUGACUAUUCUUCUUUACAAAACUGUUCAAGCUCUGUCAAGUUCCUUGAGGAGAGCUGAUGGACAGCAAUCUUCAAGUCAUGCCACAAAUUUUCGAUUGGAUUUAGGUCGGGGCUCUGACUGGGCCACUCAAGGACAUUUACCUUUUUGUUCCUUAGCCACUCCAGUGUAGCUUUGGCUGUUGGCUUUGGGUCGUUGUCAUGCUGAAAGGUGAACUUCCGUCCCAGUUUCAGCUUUCUUGCAGAGGGCAGCAGGUUUUCCUCAAGGACUUUGCUCCAUUCAUUUUCCCUUUUAUCCUGACAAAUGACCCAGUCCCUGCCGAUGAGAAACAUCCCCAUAACAUGAUGCUGCCACCACCAUGCAUCACAGUAGGGAUGGUGUUCUUUGGGUGAUGCGCUGUGUUGGGUUUGCGCCAAACAUAACGCUUUGCAUUUAGGCCAAAAAGUUCCAUUUUAGUUUCGUCAGACCACAAAAUGUUUUGCCACAUGGCCACAGAGUCUCCUGAGUGUUUUUUUUGCAUACUUCAAACGGCAUUCAAGGUGGGCUUUCUUGAGUAAUGGCUUCCUUCUUGCCACCCUAACAUACAGGCCAGAUUUCUGGAGUGCUUGGGAUAUUGUUGUCACAUGCACACUUUGACCAGUCUUGGCCAUAAAAGCCUGUAGCUCUUGCAAAGUUGCCAUUGGCCUCUUGGUAGCCUCUCUGAUCAGUCUCCUUCUUGCUCGGUCAUCCAGUUUGGAGGAAUGGCCUGAUCUAGGCAGGGUCUUGGUGGUGCCAUACACCUUCCACUUCUUAAUAAUUGUCUUGACCAUGCUCCAAGGGAUAUUCAAGGCCUUUGAUAUUUUUUAUACCCAUCCCCUGAUCUGUGCCUUUCAACAACUUUGUCCUUGAGUCUUUGAAUUGAAAUGCACUACCCAGCAGAGGGAACCUACAGGAACUGCUGAAUUUAUCCUGAAAUCAUGUGAAUCACUACAAUUUAACACAGGUGGAGGCCACUUAACUUGGUGUGUGAUUUUGAAGAUGAUUGGUUUCACCUGAGCUAAUUUAGGAUUGCUAUUACAAGGGGGGUGGACACUUAUCCAACCAAGCUAUUUCAGUUUUUAUUUUUAAUUAAUCUUCUACAAAUUUCUAGAAUAUCUUUUUCACUUGUAAGUUGUGGGGUAGGAUGUGCAAAUAAAUGAAAAAAAAAACUAUUUUAAUGCAUUUUAAUUCCAGGCUGUAAGGCAACAAAAGGUGAAAAUUUUGAAAGGGGGUAUAGACUUUCUAUAGGCACUGUAUGUUACUUUAUUUGUAUUAUUUUCUGUUUUUGUGUUUGUCCAGGGACUGCCAAUGAACUAUUUGUUUCAUUAACAAAUUUGCGAAAUUAACAAAAUUAACACAAAAAUAAACAAAUAAAAUAGAUAAAAACAAUGAUGUUUGUAAGUCAGGUUAAAAAGGAUAAUCAAUAAAAGUCCGUCUUUAAUCUUGACUUAAAAAAAUAAUUCUGAACACUUAUUUAGUUUUUCACACAUCCCGUAGUGUGUCUUGAAUAUUACCCAAUUAGUUUUGUAAAGUAGAAUACAUUAAAUAUGAAGACAAGAAACAAUAGCCUGGCUCCAGUGCUGUUCCAGUGUGCUGAUUUCUCCACAGACUCAAGAGGGUUUUAAUUGCACUCAGAAGAACUGUAUGGGAGGGUUGUCAGACACUUCAGGAAACAUUACUUCCUUGUUCCUUUCCUUCUUGCUUUUGCAUAUUUAUUAAUAUUUGCAUGCUUAACAGAUGCAUUGUUCUUGAGACACUGCGUUGGAAAUGCACAGCUUGGAACAAAAUGAGAACUUGCAGUGUCGAACAUGUGCCUCUGAUCGUUGUGGGUUUUUUUGUAACUUGAUAAACGAGUUGAUUGUAUUUUUGUUUGAGUGAAAUGUCUUUCUUGCUUAUAUCAGAGCAGCACGAAUACUGUCAUGCUGUAUUUUCCCAAUAAAUCUGUAAUUAAAA